GAAAUGAGAAUUUCUUUGCAUUGUGUUUCGAAGCAAGGAUUCCCCUUUCAAACAUGAGCGCCGUGUUCACUAUGCAUCAUGUGCUUGUACAACAGCAUGAAACUGCAUUUUAUUUAUUCUGUAUCAAAAUCAAACAUAUUCAAAGCAAAGUGUUACAUUCUUCCUUUCUCGAACGUUUUUGCUUCUUUUCCAUAUUUCUAUCUCUGUCGAGUGAACUGAGAUUCAAAAGAUGGCCAACCACAUGUAUUAUGAACUCCCAGCGGAUCCCAUAGAAAGUACCCCCAGACCUCUUACUUCAUCACAAACACAACAACAACAACAACAACAACAACCGCCGCCUCCGCCACCGUUAUUGCCUCCCCGGAAUCCUUUGGCUUCAUCACCUGACGAUAAUGAGGAAUCAACAAUUCGAGGUGUUCCUGGAGAUGACCCAUCGGCUAUACCUCUACCACUAUUUACUCGUCGAUCGAAUUCAAAUCUUUUAAGUCAAACUUCGGCAAACUCUACCCACAAUACUACACCAACGCCUUCAAACCGACCUCCUGCACCCACAGUUGAAUCAUACGAAACCAACUCUUCCGAUAACCCAUCACCUCUCCCGCGUCACAGAUCAGAUUCAAAUACCCACACCGGUCCAGCUCUUCCACCCCGAAGAAUCUCUCAACACAAUCCAAAUGAAGUUUACUAUACCCGAGAUUCCCAUAGAGUGAUCGCAUAUCUCAUACCUCUUCCUAAACCAAUCGAUGUUUCCGAUGCAGACUUUCCUCAGCGCUAUUUGAUAUAUACACCACCCGCUGCUCAUCUCCUUAAACCAGCUGAAGGCAUUAAAGAGGGUAAACGUCAUAAGGGAAAGAGAGUCUGGCAGCGCGAGGUCAAGAAAGCCAAAACUUAUGAUGGCAAAACGAUGAGUCUUAAAGGACUUCAUAGUAAAACUACCAGAGGAGUCGUCUGGGGAAUCAAUUCCAUCAAAAACACAGACAUAACAUUUCUCAACCGAGUGCCACGAAAAGAAAUCGAAGAACUCCACCUGAUAUACCCACCUACUAUUUCUUACUCACCAAUCGACCUUCGCAACCAAUUUCUUUCUCAACUAACCCGCACCAAAGCCCGUGCUAAGAAGCACGCUGCAAUAUCUUCUCUUCUUCUUCUCCCCACCCUUUUAAUUGACACAUUCGCUGCCGUUAUCUGGCCUUUCGGUGGUCUCUUCGAAGUAGAUGCCGUAUGGACUUUCACCUCUGUUCGCGGCUAUCUUGUAUCUCGCUCCGUGACUAAAAGAUUAUCCUCCCAAGACACAAUUCACGACCACGAACAAAUGCGCAUCCAAGACAGGGAAUUGUACCUCCGCUUCCAUAAAUCCGAGCAAUUGAAGAUCUUGGAAAGAUAUGUGAAAGAAUUAUGUCAUAAGCAGAACCCAAAGAGGUUUGCUAGUGCGGGGGUGCCACCGACGGAAACGGAGGUUUUGAAAGCGAUGGGAUGGGAACCGGAUAUGAGGGGGAGAGUUAAGAGUGGAGAGAGGGGUGGAAUGCCUGAAGGUGGGAUGAGGGAUUGGGAUGAUGAGAGGUGGCAAGAAAGAGAGGUUAAAGAUGAUCUCCUGGGAGUUUUGGGGAAAGGUGCAAAAAGCUGGGAUGGCUGGUGUAAGAAGUGGGAGAAAAAUCCAAAGAAGGCGGAGAAGAAGUGAAGUUAGUUGAGGGUUGUAACUGACCUGUAUGGCUUUAGAAUAAUGUAAUGUAUGAAGUUACGUAAUUUUACGAUUAUAUGAUAGACGUUGUUGAAUAUGCGAUUAUCGAAAUCGUUGA